AUGAGUGAAACACUAAGAUUUAUAACUCAGAAGCUCAAUAGUGAGCCAUUCAAUAGAAACUUCAACUUAAUUUCGUUUGAUUCACUUGAGCCUGUUCAUCUACUCCAGUUGGUCAGUGAUGUUAUUGCUGAGAUCGACUCUAAACAUAAAGUUGAUAUCCGAGAAGAAUCUAUAGAUCAAACAGCUAUUAGAUUGUUCGAGGCAAUGAGGCUUUUCAGAUAUAAAUUGCCAAAUGAUGCAGAAGGCCUGAGCUCAUUUCGUCAGGGUCUAGUGACUGGAGACAAAAUGGUCAUUUACCCUCUCCUAGAAUGGCUUCUGAACAGAAUACCGGAACUGAAGAAGCGUGCAUACUUAGCUAGAUUUCUCGUGAAGGUAUCUAUACCGUCAGAAUUUAUGCAAGAUGAUGAGAUAUCAUGUCUGUAUAAACAGUAUGAAAGCAUUAUUGAAAACUUCAAGGAGACUCAUAAGAAACUUGACAGCAUGAAAGGUGGUGGUUUGACGACCGCAGAGGUGAAAAAAGAUAUAACAGCUAUGCAAGAAGAAAAAGAGCAGCUUUCUAGACGAGUAGAAAGGAUGAAGAAAAAGUUGGAAGGCUUUCCUACUAGUAACAAAAUGCUUGAAAUGGCAAAAAAGCUACGUUUGGAAAGAGAAAAGGAGUCAAAAAUAUCUAGACAGAUGAAAGAACAGAAGUCUCUGAUUGCUAAUUUAGAUCAACGUAUUCAGAGGGUUCAACAACAAGUAAAAGAAUUAAGGAAAGCUGCAACGGGAGCAACACCAUCAACGUUGAUACAACGUAUUGAAGAAGAGACAAGAGUCAAUCAAUAUAUGCUUUCUGAGAAAUUGCCUAAAGAAUUAUCUACUGCAAGAAAAUAUAUUGAAGAUUUAAACAAGGUUGUUUCACAUCCAGCUAUGAGUCAAUCGUAUUUGGAUCAACUUAAUCAACAGUUACGUGAUGUGAAUUCUGAAACAAAUCGAUUAAUUGAAAAACGUAUGGCUUCCAGUGAGCCAUUAGAUGAUAAAAUAUCGCUAUUUCGUCAACAAGCAGCUAUUGUGACACGUAAAAAGUCAGCUGCUGCUGAAACAUUAGCUAUUGCACGCGAGAAAUUAUCUGCAUUAGAUAAUCGUCUCGAAGAGACAAAAAACCAGCUAAGUAAUAAUAAUACCAAUGGUGUUGUUGUAGCUAAUGAAGAAUACAGAAAUGGUUGUACUACAGCUGCUGGAGAUGCAACUAAAUCAAUAGAUGUCAAGUCGAACGGAGUAGUCUGUCUGAAAGCAGAAGAGUUUCAAAGAUACGUGGCAAAACUUCGUAGUAAAAAUACAAUAUAUAAGCAGAAACGCGCCCAGUUAAGUGAAUUGCGUGCUGAAAAAGGCAUAUUGACCAGAACUGUUGAAUUAUUACGAAAUGAAGAAAGUGAAGCAAAAAAGUUGUUAUCUGAAACGGAAUCUGCACAAGGUAUCAGUGGUUACUGGGAAACUCAGACGAAUUUAGAAAAGGUUUCAGAACAAAUGUCAAUGUUAAAUGAACAGAAAGGCGCUACAUUAGAAGAAAUGUCAAAAAUUAUUCAACAACUGAAUAGCCGAAUCAACGCAAAGCGCACACAGUUAGCGCCUAUCAUACGCGAACUUCGACCAUUGAGACAGAAAGCUCAAGAGCUUGGCCAGAUACAUGCAGAGAAAAAGUCCGCAUACGAUGCUUUGGCAGCCGGUCAAGAAUCUCAGUCUGUUCGCCUGGAACAAGAAGUGAGAGCGGCUCGAGAAGCUAUGAAAGUUGAAGAGUCAAGAUUUCAUUAUUUAUCUGCUGUCUUAGAAACACUUCACACUCAGCAACACCGUCUGCAAGAGGAGAUGCGUGGUUACUUAUCCGGAGGAGCUGGUGGCGGCGCAGGUGAUAAAAGUUUAACUGGAAACACUGAGAAAAGAAAAAGUUAUAGGGAUAUUUAUACACGCAAAAUAGCCGAACAAGAAGCUUUAACAAGAACGUUGAAAGAAGAACAAAAACGUUUACUAGAUAACGAGAAAGCUGGUUUAAAACAAGUCAGUUUAUGGAAAGAUUUAUUAAGUUUAUUGGAGAUGAAACGAAUCGCUAGAGAAGCCAGCGAAGCACGUGAAAAAGCCGGUGGUGAAUAUGCAGAUGUUACAAAAAUAGAAAAAGACAGAAUGUUACUAUGA